UGUGUCCAUCUUGCCAACUGGAGUGCAGGCUUCUAAAGUUGCUUUGCCUGCGUCUUUUUUUAGCCUGCACGCCUUCAAGCUGCUGGUUCGGUGUUGCAAGUCAUUUGCAGUAGUUUUGGUGAAUGAACGCUGGUGUGUUUGCAGGCUUUGUCUGAUCUUGAGAUUGCGCUAAUACUUGCAACAAACAGCAGCAGAGAGUAUCAGACCUGAGUGUACUACUUCAGCUUGCAGCCCCGGUGUCAACUUAAGUGUGUGACCGUCUGCUGAAGCCUGAUUUCGGGGGAGAGACACGCUGCAAUGGAUCGUGGAAGUUCGACACUGGAGCACUACAAGGCAGCCAUGUUGCUGAGUGGUGUUGGUGAUGCUCUGGGCUACAGGAACCAGCUGUGGGAGUACAAUGAGUCGGGACCAGCUAUUCACCAGGAGCUGAAGGAGCUCGGCGGUCUGAAGAACAUCAAGGCCGAGCUCCCCGACUGGCCAGUGAGUGAUGACACAGUUCUGCAUCUGGCAACGGCUGAAGGACUAGCAACUGGGAAGGGCGGGGAAGAGCUCCUGCAUGAGGUGGCUGUUCGCUAUGUUGAGGGGAUGAAAGACAUGGAGGGGAGGAAACCAGGGCCUUCAAGCAUUCUGGGAGUCUCCCAGCUGAGGCCUGGGCAGGAAGGGGGCUUCAGAGUGCCCUAUAACCCUGAGGGGACAGGCUGUGGAGCAGCCAUGAGGUCCAUGUGCAUUGGUCUGAGGUAUCCAAAGCCUGAUCAGCUGUUGUCCUUGGUGGCAGUUGCCGUGGAGACAGGCAGGAUGACCCAUCCUCACCCCACUGGUUUCCUGGGAGCUGUAGCGUCUGCACUUUUCACAGCGUACGCGGUCCAGCACAGGCCCAUCACAACUUGGGGUUUAGGCCUGAUCAAUGAGGCCUGUCCGAUAGCAAAGAUGUUUGUUCAGGGUCGGGGCUUCGCCGUAGAAGAGACGGAGAGAGACUGGAACUACUUCUGUGACAAGUGGCAGUGGUAUCUGGAUAUGAGGGGGAUCUCCACUGGGGUGGGGCCUGUGCGUUUUCCAGACUCCUACGGCCCAGCUGAGAGGGAUGAAGCCUACAAGAGCUUCAGCCUUUUGGGAUGGGCGGGCCGCAGCGGUCACGACGCUCCGAUGAUAGCGUAUGACUCCCUGCUGGGAGCGGGCUCAGACUGGGAGGAGCUGAUGAGCCGAGCAGGUUUCCACGGAGGUGACAGUGACAGCACUGCAGUGAUUGCCUGCUGCUGCUGGGGUCUUCUCUACGGCACCAAUGGGGUCCCAGAAGGCAACUACUCCAAUCUGGAGUACCGGGACCGACUGGAGCGCAGUGCCGAUCAACUUUACACCCUGUCGCACUGAGAAGGCCACCGCAGCUGUCCUCUCUGACCGUGUGUGUGCUGACAGGACACAGCUAGGGGAAAAACUAGGCCACACACUGACACAUUGAUGUAGGACUUGCUGGUGCCCUCAGCGGUACAUUGAUCUUGAGUGCUGUCACUGAGCCACAAAGUGUGGUGUCAUACUUGCCUGAAGGGGAAGCAGAGUGUCCCACUAACCUAAAGAAGAGUCAUUUCUGCCACAACAAGGGUGCCUCAUGAUGUCGGCACAGGGGCUGGGGAAUGAAGAGGGGUCCCUCUAGUGACCACUUUAAAUUACCAUGCAGAGCUGUAUCAUGGACAAAUUCAAACUAAUGAGCAUAUGAAUAAAAAAGUCCCCUAGGAGGCAAUUACUUCAUUUUGUCAGCGUAACAGCAAAUGCUUAGCAAACCUCAAAUUUAAUGUGUUCUUGUUAUUGACUAAUGAAUGAUACAUUUGUGCAUCUCGUUAUGGUUAACUGUUACUUCACACAGUGCAGGGCAAACUGCAACACUGUAGGCAAGCACAACUAAUGACAAUAAAUUAAAACAAACAAACUUUGAAGUAGAGUUGAAAACUUUA